AUGAACAGCUCGCUUGGACGCGGUGUUCUGCUCACCUCUGGAAUCAGUCCCACACAGGAAGAAGGAAACGUCUGCUCACAGUGUGGGAGGAGCUUUAAGUACCAGUGUCAUCUUAAAAUACACCAGCGCAUUCACACUGGAGAGAAACCAUAUCAGUGCUUACAGUGUGGGAAGAGCUUUAAGUACCAGUGUCAUUUAAAAAUACACCAGCGCAUUCACACAGGAGUGAAACCGUAUCAGUGCUCAGAGUGUGGAAAGAGUUUUUAUACACAGUCUAGUCUCAAAAUCCACCACCGCAUUCACACUGGAGAGAAACCAUAUCAGUGCUCACAAUGUGGAAAGAGUUUUCAUAGACAGAGUGAGCUCAAAAUACACCAGCGCAUUCACAGUGGAGAGAAACCAUAUCACUGUUCACAGUGUGAAAAAAGUUUUAUUCAACAGAGUCAUCUCAAAUCACACCAGCGCAUUCACACUGGAGAGAAACCGUAUCAGUGCUCACAGUGUGGGAAGAGUUUUAAUACAAAGAGUGACCUUAAAACACACCAGCACAUUCACACUGGAGAGAAACCGUAUCAGUGCUCACAGUGUGGGAAAAGUUUUAAUAGAAAGACUGAGCUCAAAAUACACCAGCGCAUUCACACUGGAGAAAAACCGUAUCAGUGCUCACAGUGUGGGAAGAGUUUUAUUACAAAGAGUGGUCUGAAAAGACACCAGCACAUUCACACUGGAGUCAAACCACAUCAGUGUUCACAGUGUGGAAAAAGUUUUAUUCAACAGAGUCAUCUCAAAACACACCAGCGCAUUCACACUGGAGAGAAACCGUAUCAGUGCUCACAGUGUGGAAAGAGUUUUUAUAGACAGAGUGAGCUCAAAAUACACCAGCGCAUUCACAGUGGAGAGAAACCAUAUCACUGUUCACAGUGUGAAAAAAGUUUUAUUCAACAGAGUCAUCUCAAAUCACACCAGCGCAUUCACACUGGAGAGAAACUGUAUCAGUGUUCACAGUGUGGAAAAGGUUUUAAUCAACAGUGUCAUCUCAAAACACACCAGCGCAUUCACAUUUUACAGAAAUGA